AUGUCAGCUACAACAAUUCAUCAGUCUCGAGUUCCGAAAGUUCAUAUACCUUCGGACGCGAGCUAUCAAGCGCCUUUAGCACGUCCAAGUUCUCGUUACAAAAGUACUGUACAUGUUCUAACAUCAAAUCGUGAUAAUCAAACAUCAAAUGGUUAUCGACGUCGUCGGCCCGAUUCAGAAAUCAUUAAUUAUCCACAAUCAUCCUCAAAUAUUGUUUCAUAUCAUCGAUCACAACCUCAACAACAAAUAUCGUCUCGUUCUAAUCAACAAAAUUAUCCAAUUUCAUUAACAUCACGUUCGUCAUCAUCACAAUUAUCAAAUCGUCGAACAUCAGUAACUGAAGUGGUACCAUCGACAUCGAAUUUUUCAUCAUUACUAACACUUAAUAAUCGAUCAACUAUUUUAAAUCCGUCGUCAACCAUACAUCAAACAGAUGGCCAAUCUAUUCAAAAUAAACGUUACUCAGCUGAUGCAUCAAGUAAAUCUUCAAUAAGUUCGACUAAUGAUCAGAACACAAUAUCAAAUCGUUUAGUUAUUAUACCAAAAUCACAAUCAAAUAAUCCAAUCGAUAAAAAUCAUCAUUCAUCAUGUCCAGUUGCUUAUCAAAAUCAAAUCAAUUUAGGCACAAUAACGAUUCUAUCGGAUUCAAGUUCCGAUAAUACAAUUCUUCAUCAUUUGCCUGAUCAUAAUGAAACAACAGAUAAAUCACAACAAUCGUUACAUGAUGAACGUUUAAAUCGUUCGCCAAGAAAACCAAAUAAUAACAAUACUAAUAAUACUAAUAAUAAUAGUCUAAUUGGAUCUCGAUUAAAAUCUGUAUCAUCGUUAGAAGAAAAAAAGAAAACGCCUAUACCAUCUAUUCAUUACACAAUAGAACCCAUUGAAGUUAUCGAUGAUGUCAAUGAUGAGAAUCAUGUUGAAUCAAAACAAAAAGCAAUUCGCGAAGAGAAAAAACGUAAAGCUAAUGAAAAUGAACAAGUUCUGAUUAAUGUUGAUGAAUAUGCAUCAGAAAUUUUAAUGUAUCUUAGAAAACGAGAGCAUUCAUCACGACCAAAACCAAAUUAUAUGCGUAAACAAGCAGAAUUAACAUGGGACAUGAGAGCUAUAUUAAUUGAUUGGCUAUCGGAAGUAGCUGAUGAAUAUAAAUUAUUUUCUGAGACACUUCAUUUAGCUGUGAAUUUUAUUGAUCGGUUUCUUUCACGAAUGUCAGUAACAAAAUCAAAAUUUCAAUUAAUUGGUACCACAGCACUUUAUCUAGCUGCAAAAUGUGAAGAAGUUUACCCACCCAAUGCAGCUGAAUUUGCCUAUGUUACGGACAAUGCAUAUACAAAAAAACAAGUAUUAAAAAUUGAAGAUCUUUUAUUGCAAACGCUUCAUUUUGAAGUAUCCACUGUAACAACACAUACAUUUCUAUUGCAUUAUCUUAAAUUAGCUGAAGUUGAUGAAACUACUGAAGACUUAGCCAGAUACAUUGCUGAACUAACUAUGUUGGAUCCUGAAUGUCUGCAACAUUUAUCCAGUUUACAAGCUGCUGCCAUAUUAUGUCUUGCGCUUCACAUGCGUCAUAUUUCUCCUUGGUCGAACACAUUGAAAAAAGCAACAGGCUAUUCAAUUCAUUCAUUUUAUUCGAUCAUGGAAAAAAUCUUCUUUCUUGUUGCCAAAGCACAUGUACAUGAUAAAUGGGCAAUAACAAGAAAAUAUCGUCAUAUUAAACAUCAUUCUGUUGCUUUAAUUGAACUACCAGCAACAUUACCAUAUACUGAGACGGAUAAUGAUUCUACUCUAUGA